GCUUCCGCAUCGUUUCCUAUUGAGACAAUGGCAUUAUUAGUACUUUAUGUAUCUGGUUUGAAGCAUGAAUAGUAACAGUAGAAAGGUAAUAACAGUGUAUUUAUAACACGAAGUCUGAAAGCUGAUAUACGAUGCCGUGGGUUCAGAUGAACAAUUUUAGAUGUCCUGUAGCCAGCUGUCCGUCAGAGGCUAGGUUUGACUGGGUAUGUGUUGCGGAUGGUAGCCCGAUGUUCCUAAACGAAUUUGGAGUGAUAAGCUGCGGCAAUGGAUGGCAUAGUGGUAACAUCAACACCUGGGGCUGGAACUGCGGGAAUACGUAUCACAACUGUGGAUUUGGAAGGGCCGACUUCGAGGCCUUCUCAUUCGGCCUUUCUCAGGCUGCCCAGAUGCUUCAGCAGCACGGGGCCUGGUGGUUCCAGCAGCUGGUCAUCCAUAUGGGUUAUCAGUACGGCCGUUAAGGAAUUGGCAACAUCCGGGUGCAAGGAAACUAGUGUAUAAUAUUUAACAUCUGAAAACAAACGUACUUUCAAAUAAUAUGUUGAGGUAUUUGCGGUUGGUUUUAUACCAAUAUUUAACUUGUAAUUAUAUUUAAUGCUGCAUAGCAACCAUUUGUUAAUAUUAGUUAACGUUUUUCAUCCAUCACACAGUCUUGUAUGCUAUUUAAUAUUUAUCAGCAUUUUAAGCGAUUCCGUCCGUUUUGGUGUUUAUUAUAACGUAAAAUGUAAUUUUCCAAGGUUUUGUUAUCUACUAGUUUAACUGUUUAUGACUUACUCUUUUUACUUAUAUGUAUGUUUUUGAUUUU